UGGAUGGGAUCCCCUCCUCCGCAUAUUUUAUGGCCGCGCCAGAGACUCAAUGCGCUGAAAAGCUUGUCAGGGCGGCAGAUAAACGAUGUCUUUCAAAUAACGUACACUUCCGCGCAGCGCCAUUGUCUCCGCUCGGAUUUAUAUCGGGAACCAGUAACUUUCCCCCCUCUUUUUCUUCUUUCCUCCCCCUUCCGCCCCUGAAAUGCUCAGUGUCCUCGCCUCUAAUCCUCGGGGGCCACUUCAGUAGCCAGACUCACGCCAAGCGCACCUGACCGGCGUCUGCGCUGUCCGCCCGGCUCGGAUUAGCUGGCCGAGAGAUAGCGGCUCGGUCACCCGGAAGAGAGCGGAGAUGGGGCUGCGUGUGAAUGGCGCUGUGCCAGGAGAAGUCACGAAGAGACACGAGAAUUUGAAGAGAGGAAAUUGGGGGAACCAGAUCGAGUUUGUCUUGACCAGCGUGGGGUACGCCGUGGGUUUGGGGAACGUCUGGAGAUUCCCGUAUCUCUGCUAUAGAAAUGGAGGCGGAGCCUUCAUGUUCCCGUACUUCAUCAUGCUGAUCUUCUGUGGCAUCCCGCUCUUCUUUAUGGAACUCUCAUUCGGACAAUUUGCCAGUCAGGGGUGCCUCGGGGUGUGGAGGAUCAGCCCCAUGUUUAAAGGUGUCGGGUACGGGAUGAUGGUCGUCUCCACCUACAUCGGUAUUUAUUACAACGUGGUGAUCUGCAUCGCGUUUUACUACUUCUUCAUGUCCAUGAACCGGAUCCUCCCCUGGACCUACUGCAAUAAUAAAUGGAACACGGCGAACUGCGUCGGGGUGCUGGACCCCUCCAUCAACUCCACCAACUUCACCUCCCACCAGGACCUCUCCUCCAUCCUCAACCAGACCCUCAAGAGGACCAGUCCCAGCGAGGAGUACUGGAGGAAUUACGUGCUGAAGCUGUCGGACGACAUCGGGAAUUUCGGGGAGGUUCGGCUGCCCAUCCUGGGGUGUCUCGGACUGUCCUGGGUCGUGGUGUUCCUGUGCCUCAUCCGAGGGGUGAAAUCCUCCGGGAAGGUGGUUUAUUUCACAGCCACCUUCCCCUAUGUGGUCCUCACCAUCCUCUUCAUCCGCGGGAUCACCCUGGAAGGAGCCGUCACCGGGAUCAUGUAUUAUCUGACGCCGCAGUGGGACAAGAUCCUGGAUGCCAAGGUUUGGGGUGACGCCGCCUCGCAGAUAUUCUACUCUCUGGGGUGUGCCUGGGGGGGACUCAUCACAAUGGCGUCCUACAACAAGUUCCACAACAACUGUUACAGGGACAGCAUCAUCAUCAGCAUCACAAACUGCGCCACCAGCGUCUACGCCGGCUUCGUGAUCUUCUCCAUUCUGGGCUUCAUGGCGAACCACCUGGGCGUGGACGUGUCCAAGGUGGCGGAUCACGGUCCCGGCCUGGCCUUUGUGGCCUAUCCCGAGGCUCUGACCCUUCUGCCCAUAUCUCCUCUGUGGUCCAUAUUGUUCUUCUUCAUGCUCAUCCUGCUGGGACUCGGCACUCAGUUCUGCCUGCUGGAGACUCUGGUGACGGCCGUCGUGGAUGAGAUCGGCAACGAUUGGAUUAUUCGAUGGAAGACGCUUGUGACGCUCGGAGUGGCGGUGAUUGGUUUUCUGCUGGGGAUCCCGCUGACCACUCAGGCUGGGAUCUAUUGGCUCCUUCUGAUGGAUAAUUACGCCGCCAGCUUUUCUCUGGUCAUCAUUUCCUGUAUCAUGUGUGUGUCUAUAAUGUAUAUCUAUGGUCACCGGAACUACUUCAAGGACAUUGAGAUGAUGUUGGGGUUCCCCCCUCCCCUCUUCUUCCAGAUCUGCUGGCGGUUCAUCUCCCCGGCCAUCAUCUUUUUCAUCUUAAUGUUUACGGUCAUUCAAUAUCGGCCAAUCACAUACAACGAGUACCUCUACCCAGACUGGGCCAUCUCGCUGGGAUUUCUGAUGGCGCUGUCCUCGGUCGUCUGUAUCCCCGCAUAUGCCAUCUUCGAGAUAUCGCGGUCCGAAGGGGACACCUUCCUCCAGCGGUUGAAGAACUCGGUGAAGCCCAACAAGGACUGGGGACCGGCUCUGCUUGAGCACCGGACUGGCCGAUAUGCGCUAGAGGAGGAAAGCCCCGAGAUCCAGCCGCUGAACCCCGAGAAGCAGAAGGAGGAGAUCGGCCUAACAAUACAGGGCAGCAACGGGCAGGCCCACAGCCAGGACUCUAAAGUGUAACCGGCUCCUAUGGAAGGGGUGGAGAAAGGCACUGGUGGUAUGGAUGCGUCUUUACCCUAACCCCCCCCCCCGUCCCCCGAUCCCCUGACCCCCACCCCGUCCCCCUUUUGUCUUCAUCCAGACCAGUCGUAUCCUCCAUUGUCCUCUUUCCAACCCGUCACCUCAGAGCAUUCAACAGAAUAACUAUCAAACUGUUUCUCCCAUCCACGAGGAGACAUCAAUUGUUCAGCUGCUGAGCAGAGGAGCCACGGCCCCGGAUCGCCCUGCCCCCGACUCUCAUUGCCAGGACACCAACCAUGUGCGCUAUGGGAGAACACAGGGGGGAGAGAGAUGGCAUCAUCUCACAACGUAGAUCUAACUCUUCUAAUUUUAGUUUACAUGAAAUUGUAUUUUUUAGAGUUUUAUAAGCUCAGUUUUUUUUUUUAACCCGAGGAGGCCAGGGGUUGUGCGUCCUCCGUAACUCUUCCCCCGGCAACGUAGGACAUUUUACUGAACUGGGGAGAGAGAAGAAGAGAAAUGCAAACACUUCUUUAUUCCUGUUACUUGAGAAGGACAGCAGGAAGUGGACGGGGCCACCAUGUGACAAAAGGGGCCACUUUCCUGACCUGCUGCGUCUACAUACACAUCCGCCCAGUGCGCCACUGACUGAGAACACAAACAUGGAGCUGCUACCAAGCUGCGCGUACCGCGAGGGACAUUCCCAAAUAGUCUUUCGUAACGGUACCGCAGCGCCCUCCUGUGGAUCAAACGGUCUCUGCAUCUCUGUGUUAGACUUCUUACCACUGCCGACCCAGAAGCCACUGAGGUAGUUAUUGAUCCAGCAGCUUGAUCCGAGUCUUCCUAAUAAUUCCAUACCUGUUACCCUACAAAAGGUAUUACUGAUCUGGGUCUGCCCAGAAUUCCUGGUAACUUUUGUUCCAUUACCCAAAAAUACAAAUAUCGGGAUUUGCCAAAAUGUACCCCAUAUACCGGCCCUUCGUGCCAUGAUACCUAAACUUUUAUGCCUUUGAUGGAUAUACCAGCUCUACCGGGGGGCUUUGCCUUGGGUUCAUUUUGUAAGGAAGGGAGUUCAUGAGCCAGUCAGCCCAGUCUGGAUGCCAGGCACUUUAUAUAGAGAGAUCAUAGAGUAGGCUUCUCCCAAUCUCUGAGUCAGAUCACCCCCAAGGGACAUCAGGUGCUAAACAACAGCAAGGGCUCCCCCUAUGUCCCAUUGACUGCAUUAAUCCAAAGGGAAAGACUAGCAAAUUCCAAUGCUGGUAACUAUUCAUCCCGACAACAUGAACAGAGAAUCCCAGGGGAUAUUUCUAUGUUAAUGUUGGCCAUAGACAAUCUGGUUGGAAAAAGUCCAUCCACCUUAACCAACAGAUCGGAGCAGGAGUUACCCGGCUUUGAAAUUUUUUUGGAAUGCAGCAGACCUUCUGUCAGGUCACCUGUGGCCAGGUGACAAGUGCACUCCGGUGGGGUCAGGGAUGCACCACAGGGUAGUGAAACCUAUGAACGACUGCUGCCAUAAGAGAGGAAGUGUGAACCCAAGAUCGCCCAGGGCGCGGAGUCUAAGACCCAGCUUUGUGUUCACCAGAG